AUUGGGAAUCACCAAUCAAUUGUCCUGGUUACACAUUGUCAACGCUUUGAUCACUAUAUAAACACUACAUUCUCAAAGUAAUAAACAUCAAUUUUACUUCUUUAACACAUUUUAAUCAAAUUUAUUAGUUAUUUUCCUUGAUCGAAUCAGAAAUGGCUGAUAUCGAAGGAGAACCCGGGAGUUCCAUGCAUGGAGUCACCGGAAGAGAGCCCGUUCUUGCUUUCUCCGUGGCUUCUCCGAUGGUGCCUACUGACACCACCGCGAAGUUUUCAGUACCGGUUGAUACUGAACACAAGGCCAAACAAUUUAGAUUUUAUUCGUUUUCAAAACCUCAUGGCCUAACAUUUCAGUUGUCUUGGAUUUCCUUCUUUACUUGUUUCGUUUCGACAUUUGCUGCUGCCCCUUUAGUCCCUAUCAUUAGGGACAACCUUAAUUUAACCAAAAUGGACAUUGGUAACGCUGGGGUUGCUUCCGUUUCCGGAAGUAUUGUAUCUAGGCUUGCUAUGGGUGCAGUUUGUGAUUUGUUGGGCCCGCGGUAUGGGUGUGCAUUUCUGAUCAUGUUGUCAGCCCCAACUGUUUUUUGUAUGUCCUUUGUUUCGUCCGCUGGUGGAUACGUUGCUGUCCGUUUCAUGAUUGGAUUUUCUCUUGCAACAUUUGUGUCGUGUCAAUAUUGGAUGAGUACUAUGUUUAAUAGUCAGAUUAUUGGUCUAGUGAACGGAACAGCUGCCGGAUGGGGAAACAUGGGUGGCGGUGCAACUCAACUCAUUAUGCCAAUUCUUUAUGAUAUAAUUCGAAGGGUGGGAGCAACUCCGUUCACUGCUUGGAGAAUUGCGUUUUUCAUUCCUGGUUGGCUUCAUGUGAUCAUGGGUAUAUUGGUGUUGACUCUUGGCCAAGAUUUGCCUGAUGGAAAUCGUGGCGCUUUACAGAAGACGGGUAAUGUUGCUAAAGAUAAAUUCGGUAACAUAUUGUGGUAUGCUGCUACAAACUACAGGACAUGGAUCUUUGUUCUGCUCUAUGGAUACUCAAUGGGAGUUGAACUGUCCACAGACAACGUGAUUGCGGAGUACUUCUUCGAUAGGUUUGAUCUAAAGCUUCACACCGCUGGAAUCAUUGCAGCCACGUUUGGUAUGGCUAACCUUUUAGCUCGUCCGUUUGGAGGAUUUUCUUCGGACUAUGCAGCCAAAAUAUUCGGCAUGAGAGGGAGACUUUGGGUCCUUUGGAUCCUACAAACACUCGGAGGAGUAUUUUGUGUGUUGUUGGGCCGUUCAAAUUCCCUGCCAAUUGCCAUAACAUUCAUGAUCCUAUUCUCAAUCGGAGCUCAAGCUGCUUGUGGUGCAACCUUCGGUAUUAUUCCCUUCAUUUCUCGCAGAUCAUUAGGUAUUAUCUCGGGCAUGACGGGCGCUGGAGGCAAUUUCGGUUCUGGAUUGACACAAUUGCUAUUUUUCACGAGCUCAAAGUACUCGACAGCCACAGGGCUAACUUAUAUGGGAUAUAUGAUCAUAGGAUGCACACUUCCAGUGACAUUGUGCCAUUUCCCACAAUGGGGAAGUAUGUUUUUGCCACCAACAAAAGACCCCGUUAAGGGAAGCGAAGAACAUUAUUAUUCUUCCGAGUACACUGAGGCCGAGAGGCAAAAAGGCAUGCACCAAAACAGCUUGAAAUUCGCCGAGAACUGCCGAUCAGAGCGCGGCAAGCGCGUGGGGUCCGCACCUACCCCACCAAAUUUGACACCGAGCCGCGUCUAAUCUUUUUAAGGAUUGAUGAUCGUCAAUCUUUGGUUUAAUUGAAGGUUAAAUGAGCUCAGUCGUCUCAAUAAGAAAACAUGUCCUCAUUUUUCUUCUUUCGUUUUUUGGUUUUUUAAUGAUGUUGCUUGUUGAACUGUCAAGACAAAUACAUGGAAUCUACUAAGGUGUAUGUUUUUUUAAUAUAUGAAGUAUAUAUAGUAUAUUACUCA